CAGGCUUCAAGACAGCUGAGCCCCACUAGACACCCAAAAAACCCAUGGCUCUGGUUGCAUCUUUCAACAUGACCAGUCCGCAGCCUGCCACAGAAGGAGGAACUUCCGAAGUUGAGAUCAUCUCCCAACAAGUAGACGAAGAAACCAAGAGCAUUGCUCCUGUGCAGCUGGUGAACUUUGCCUAUCGGGACUUGCCCCUGGCUGCGGUUGACCUCUCCACGGUGGGCUCGCAGCUCCUGUCAAACUUGGAUGAAGAUUACCAAAGAGAAGGGUCUACCUGGCUGAAGCCGUGCUGUGGGAAGAGAGCAGCCGUGUGGCAGGUAUUUUUGCUCAGUGCAAGUGUCAACAGUUUCCUGGUAGCCUGUGUAAUAUUGGUGGUGAUUCUCCUGACUCUGGAACUUCUAAUAGAUAUAAAGCUUCUCCAGUUUUCCAGUGCAUUCCAGUUUGCUGGCGUGAUACACUGGAUCAGUCUGGUCAUUCUCUCAGUGUUCUUCUCAGAGACUGUUCUUCGGAUUGUGGUGCUCGGGAUCUGGGAUUACAUUGAAAACAAAAUAGAGGUGUUUGAUGGGGCUGUGAUCAUCCUGUCCUUGGCCCCGAUGGUGGCGUCCACUGUGGCUAAUGGGCCCAGGAGCCCCUGGGAUGCCAUCAGCCUCAUCAUCAUGCUCCGGAUCUGGCGGGUGAAGAGGGUCAUUGAUGCCUACGUCCUGCCUGUGAAGGUGGAGAUGGAGAUGGUCAUCCAGCAGUACGAGAAGGCCAAGGUCAUCCAGGACGAGCAGCUGGAGAGACUGACGCAGAUCUGUCAGGAGCAAGGGUUUGAGAUCCGGCAGCUGCGGGCGCACCUGGCGCAGCAGGACUUGGACCUGGCGGCCGAGCGCGAGGCGGCGCUGCAGGCCCCUCACGUGCUCAGCCAGCCGCGCAGCCGCUACAAGGUGGUGGAGGCCGGCACGUGGGCCGAGGAGACCGCGGACGAGAGCGUUGUGGAGGAGCUGCAGCCCGCGCAAGAAGCUGCAGUGAAAGAUGACAUGAACAGCUACAUCAGCCAGUACUACAAUGGGCCCAGCAGUGACAGCGGUGCCCCAGAGCCAGCUGUGUGCGUGGUCACCACGGCGGCCAUAGACGUUCACCAGCCCAUCUCCUCUGACCUCUUUUCUGUCGAUGUGCCCCUGAAGCUUGGCGGCGAUGGUCCCUGCGCCAGCGCCACCUCUGAGAGCGCCUCCCACUCCACUCGCGGCUCCGUCACCCAGGCCCAGAGUGACAGCAGCCACAUGCUGGCCUCCUCCACGGACUGCAGCACUGCCCGCGAGGAGCCGUCCUCUGAGCCUAGCCCCUCCCCCCUGCCACUGCCGCCACCACCUCAGCAGGAGACGGCAGAGGCCACAGUCCAGGACCUGUUGUCCUCCCUGUCAGAGGACCCCUGCCCAUCCCGGAGGGCCUUGGACCCAGCCUCCCUUGCCCGGCCCAGCACAGCAGGCUUGGCCCAAACCAGCCCCGAGCUGGAGCACAGGGUAAGUCUGUUCAACCAGAAGAACCAGGAGGGCUUCACUGUCUUUCAGAUCAAGCCUGUCAUCCAUUUCCAGCCUGCUGCACCUGUGCUGGAGGAGAAGUUCAGAUCUUUGGAAUCCAAAGAGCAAAAGUUGCACAGGGUCCCUGAAGCCUAG